GACGUGCGCAUCUCUUCAUUCAAAGCUGCGUCGGUUGGUGGCGAACACGCACGCACGGACACACGUCAUGGACAGGCACACAUGUGUCAUUCACCGACGGCGGACGGCGGGCGGUGAGGCCGGACGCUGUGUUCGUGUGUGUCACGCUGCGCCCUCCUCUCUUCAACUGCUGGGAUCCGACUACUGCAAUCGAACCUUACGUGUAUUGUGCCUGAGGGAAGGAUGACUGACGUCUGCACAUCACGUGUGUCUGUCAGUGGUCUGUCUGUACGUCUGUCUGUACGCAGCAUGGAUGUCAUCACAUCACGGGCAGGGCACGCAAGCGGAAAGGCCGGCGCCUAUCCAUCCAUCCAUCCAUCCAUCAUGCUAUGCUUAUGCUGUACGUGUGGUAUGUUGCUGCCUGCUGGAAAAAUCAGUGGACAAAUAUAAUAUUGUCCAAGUACACACAAAUCAUGAUCAAAGGAGUACAGAUGGGCGAGUGAGACGCAUCGUAUCUCACCUAUCGACACGUAUGUAUGCACAUCGAUUCGAUCUGCAGCAGGAAGGCAAUUGACACGGCAUGCACAAAAUAGCCGCAACCACCGCGAGAACGAUGCGAUGCUACUAUAGAGACCAGGUGGGGAAGCAGCAAGCCCAUAGACACAUAUGCACAGGUGCACAGACACAGAGAGACAGGGAGAGAGAGGGAGGGACAGACAGAGAGAGACACAGCGAGACAGAGACAUACAGACUGAUGCACCACUACUGUAACCAACUGGCUGGCUGACCCUUAUCCAUCCAUCCAUCCAUCCAUGGGUCCCUCACGUCACUCACGUCACUCACUCCAGGAUGGGCAGCACGCCCCCUCCCACGUCCAGCCGGUGGAACACCAACCCGGAGCGAUUAUGCCCCGAUGUCACGCACCCGCACGCCACUAUAUCCAACACCUCCAGCGGCUCCACCACGUUCUUCCGCUGCUUGCUCGGCAGCGACCUCGACCGCUCCCUCGAACCUUUCCUGUGCCGCUUGUCGGCCGCCCGCCUUUGCGCCCCAGCCGAUGGCGGCAGCUGUGUGGAUGUGCACGUUGAUACGUCCCCGAUGCUGAUCGGUGAGGAGAGUUCGCUCGCCGACAUGGAGCGGCAGACGGGGGAGCUGUGCGGGGCGGCGUGGUGGUGCGCCGGGGCGGGCGAGAGGCACUGCGAGUGCGCCUUCUUGACGUGCGGAUGGUCGUGGUGCUGAUGCUGCUGAUGCUGCUGUUGUCGCUCGGGUGCCGCCAUCUGCCUCAUGAGCAGUGCUGGCGGGACGACAGAUGGACAGCUGACCUCGGCGGCACACACAGGGGGGUGCAGCAGGUUGCCCAGGGACUGCCCGUGCAGCCCAUGCCCAUGCAUGCUGCCGUUGAUGAAUGGUGACGCGGGGGGCGUCGACUGUGCCGGCGGGGGGUAGAGCGACGACGGGCUUGCGAACGUCGAUGGGGGCGAAGGGGGCGGCGAGUGCGGCGGGUGCAGCACCGGGUGGUGCCCGCCAGCCCCACUCACAGCAGACCGUUUGGUGGUUUCGCGUGAACAGGGGACUUCCCCUUUGUUGCCCGCUGCCCGAUUUCUGCAUGGGACGAGGUAGACGGACGCCACCCAGGCCGUGAGCAGCAGCACCAACGCCAGCAGCAGGGACACCAUGACUGUCAGCCACAUGGGCUUGCCGUCCUCCUCCACGGCCAUGUCGGUAUCGGCCGAUUUCUGCUCGCUGGUGGUGCCGGUUGAGAGGAGGGUGAUGGCGUCUUGUUGCUGGCUCUGUUGCCGCGGUGGUGGUGUGUCUGCGGUGGCUGUGGGGGGGACUGGGCUGGUAAGCAGCGCGGGCAUUUCGGACUGGUCUGGGAUGGUGAGCCACUGCUGCAUGAGGGUGGACAUGUCGCUCUUGAAGUGCGACUCGAACACCGACGGCUCCACUCUGCCGACCAACACGCACAUCAAUCACAUCGUUGUGUGUAUCGUCCUAAUGCAUCCCCAUAAAAAUCUAUCCGUUGAGCUUACUCAAGGAAGAAUUGCGUGCCUUGCUGUGACCUCGACUGCACCUCCAUGACAUCGAUGGCUUCAUGGGGGACACCCAGCACCCCUGCCGACCACCGCUGGACGCCCUCGAGCACGUGUGACCGGUACCACAGAUCCUGAUGGCAUGGCAGGCAGGCACGUGACAUGACAUGCAACACUUGCUUGUGGUGGUACUGACUGUGUGUGUGUACCUUACCUCGACAAGACGGCCGUAGGACACCUGCCGCACCCCAAGCGUCAGAAGCGCCACGUCCUUUUCAUCAUCAUCCGUGCCAGUCGUCACAUUGGUCACAUUGGCGCUCGCGUCUCUCUCUGCCUUGUCUUCCUCGCUCUCGCGCAGCAUGACGGGCGGAUACGCCUCCCCAUCCACAAUCGACUGCUCCACUGACGAGUUCUCAUCUGAUGGGGGGGCGGUGGACAUGCUGUCAUGCUCUGGCUCGUCUGUCGUUGUCGAAGUGGAUGGCGACGAGUAGUCGGGGAGGGUGUCACUCUCCCACUCGUGUGUGUCCUUUUGGUCUGUGUCGUCGUCCUGGUGGUCCUCAGGUGGGGGAGGUGGUGGGGGCUUCUUUGGCUUGGGGGUCGGCUUGUGGUUGUGCUUGUCGUUGUGUUUGUUCUUGUGGUGGUGGUCCUUGUUGUCCUUGUUGUUCUGCCACCAUUUCUUUCUCUGAUAAGUGUUGCUGGCGCCUUUGCCUUUGCCUUUGCCGCUGCCCUGUCGCUUCUUGUCCUUGACGCAAUACGCAGGCCCCGAUAUGCUCAGCAGCGCUCGCACGGCCACAUCGUCGAUCCGCUUGUCCUUCCUCGCACCAGUGAACAGGUGACACUCACCCCCUGCCCCGCCCCCGCCCCCCUUGCCCUUGCUGUCGGCCCGUUUGCCGUCCCUCUCGCCCUUGUCGUCGGCCUUCAGGUGGAAGGAGAACGAGGAGCAUGUUUCCUCGUGUUGGCAAAAGACUUGGCAGACCUCGGCGGAGGGGAGGGAGGAGACGGCCUUGACGGGCUCCAGGAUGACCCUCUUGCCCAGCAUGAAGCACCCCACCCACUUGGACCACACGAUGGAGUCGUCUUUGGAGGAAGUGGCGGACGGAGAGGGGGGGUGCUGCUGGGCCUGGGCGUGGGCGUGGGCAUGCGCCUGGGGGCGGGCCAAGGGGUGCUGCUGGUGGGGGUGUCUGUGGCUUUGUUUCUUCUUGCGAGUGUUGAUGGCUUUGGUCUCGAUGUUUUGUCGUUUCUCCUUGGCCAUUCUGACGAUGUGUGCCGUCUCCUUUGGCGGCACGACAGACCGGCCCACCCUUUUCCAGCCGUCGACGAACCGCUGCUGAUUGUCUGCCUGCUCGCGCACUCCCGCCGCAAACUCACUCGACAACACAUUCACCCAAUGCUUCGCACCGUCAUCGCUGCUGCUCAGCUCGCGAUGUCGCGGUGAGGGUGGCCUCGCCCCCACUCGCAGAAUGACGUCAUUCGGUGGCUUGCUGUCGGGCAGUUGAUGAGUGGCGAUGGUCUCAUUGUUGGCGUAGAUGAGCAGAGAGUGCGGCUGCCACUCCACCCCCAGCACCAGUGACACCUCCACAUCGCCACCCACGCCAGAGCUCGGCCCUUUCAUCGCCACAUCGACUCUCUUCAUCUCUUCAUUGGCUUCUCCCUUUUUCGUAUCGACGGUUGAUGUGACAUCGAUCGGCAGCACGUCUUUCCUCAGCCCAACCCUCGGCGUGGCCUCAACCGCCACGCCAUCAGCUGUCGCUCUGCCGUCAUCUGGCCGCUCCAUUGUCAUCAGGCGAAACAAGACGACUGGCGGGGUGGCAGUGAUUGGCCUGUGCAGCAGGUAGGUGAAGUGGGUCUCGAACCUGCCGUAGUGGAAGCUCUGUUCGGCCUCCAUCUGCCAUGGCGACGACGCUGACACGACCCCCUCUUCGCGCAAUAACGAUGAGAUUUCGUUGCCCAUCACCAGCAAAGGCGGCAGGACGAUGCGCGUGACGUUGCCAGUGGACUGGAUGUAGGCCGGGGGGAUGGCUGCUGCUGGUGUGUGUGCUGCUUUCCGGCUGAACCACAGGAAGUCGGUCACAAGACUCUCGUCGUCGGUUGUGGCCUCCCCGCCCGCCUCAGAGAGGAAGGCCUUCUCGAUGACGACCGACAGGACCACCCCCAGCACGAGCAGCACCGUCGCCAACACCCCACAGAAGAACACCACGCUCUUCCGCCAAUCCAUAACCUCCAUCGCCAUUGACGGUCCUCCGCGUUGCUGCCGCCCGCUGCAGAUUGAGCGUUUGUCCGUUCGGUUCG